AUGACAAAGAAGGAUAAGAAGCCAAAGGUAGCCACCAUCACAACCAAAUCAGGUGAAACACUAAAGGUCUUUGAAGACUUGGCUCAAUUUGAAGACUUCCUAAAACAUGAAACCGAAGAUGACGAUGAUUUCGAUAAUGUUCAUUGCCAAUUGAAGUACUACCCGCCAUUUGUUCUGCAUGAGGCCCACGAUGACCCUGAAAAGAUCAAGGACACCGCAAACUCUCAUUCCAAGAAGUACGUCAGACACUUGCACCAACACGUCGAAAAGCACUUGUUGAAGGAAAUCAAGGAAGCCUUGCAGUUGCCUGACUUGAAGUUCAAGGACAAGUCGAAGGAUGAAGACUUUGAAAAAAUUGUAUGGAACUAUGGUGACACUGGUGAAUUCCAUGAUAGAAAAUUUAGAAUUUCCAUCAGUGUUACCUGUAAACAUGAUGAUGCUAUGGUCGACCUAGACUACAAGACCGUUCCAUUGACUGAAGAAUCUGUGAUUUAA